AGCGUGGUGACCCCAGCCCCGGCCGGUACGGAACGGGAGCCCGAGAGUCGGGAGCCGUGCGGAUCUCCGCGCCCUCGCUGCCGCUCCUCCGGGCUCCUGCCGGUCCCCUUAGCCCGGCGGUGGCAGCGGCGCGUCCUCCAGCGGUGGCAGCGGUGUUCGCAGCGCCCCGGACUUCUUCUGGCCACUGUGUUUGGACAGAGUAGAGACGCCCAGCCUCUUCCCGCCCCACAGCCUCCCUUCCUGACACCUCAGCAGCCUUGAGUCCUGAUCUGCCAGCAGAACCCUCGGCAGGAGGAAGAGAGGUGGGCUGUGAGUGUCAGCCCGAUGCUGUGAGAGGAGCCACCAUCCAUCACUGAGCUGCAGAUCCAGAAAGGAGAAUGCAGCUGGACUGAGGUGGAGGGGCUGUAACCUGCUGGCCAGCGCGGGGACACUGGUGACUCCCGGAUCACUGAGUGCUGGACCACGUUCAUGGCUCUCGGGUAGAACCCAGUGAAGCGGCCAGAAUGAACUCUAUGGACCGGCACAUCCAGCAGACCAACGACCGCCUGCAGUGCAUCAAGCAGCACUUACAGAACCCUGCCAACUUCCAUAAUGCUGCCACGGAGCUGCUGGACUGGUGUGGAGACCCACGAGCCUUCCAGCGACCCUUCGAGCAGAGCCUCAUGGGCUGCCUGACGGUGGUCAGCCGAGUGGCAGCCCAGCAGGGGUUUGACUUGGACCUCGGCUACAGACUGCUGGCUGUGUGUGCUGCAAACCGAGACAAGUUCACCCCCAAGUCUGCUGCCCUACUGUCCUCCUGGUGUGAAGAGCUUGGCCGCCUGCUGCUGCUCCGACAUCAGAAGAGCCGCCAGAGCGACCCCCCCGGGAAACUCCCCAUGCAGCCCCCCCUCAACUCCAUGAGCUCCAUGAAACCCACUCUGUCACACAGUGAUGGGUCAUUCCCCUAUGACUCUGUCCCCUGGCAGCAAAACACCAACCAGCCUCCUGGCUCCCUGUCUGUGGUCACCACAGUGUGGGGAGUGACCAACACGUCCCAGAGCCAGGUCCUUGGGAACCCUAUGGCCAAUGCCAAUAACCCCAUGAAUCCAGGCGGCAACCCCAUGGCUUCGGGCAUGACCACCAGCAACCCCGGCCUCAACUCCCCGCAGUUCGCAGGACAGCAGCAGCAGUUCCCUGCGAAGGCCGGCCCCACGCAGCCCUACAUCCAGCCCAACAUGUACGGCCGCCCCAGCUACCCCGGCAGCGGAGGCUUCGGGGCCAGUUAUCCUGGGGGUCCUAGUGCCCCCGCAGGCAUGGGCAUCCCUCCACAUACCCGGCCUCCCGCUGACUUUACGCAGCCAGCGGCGGCCGCUGCAGCAGCUGCAGUAGCAGCCGCCGCCGCCACGGCCACAGCCACGGCUACGGCCACGGUGGCAGCCUUGCAGGAGACACAGAACAAGGAUAUAAACCAGUAUGGACCGGUCUGUUCCUCUUUCCAGAUGGGUCCCACCCAGGCGUAUAACAGCCAAUUCAUGAACCAGCCCGGGCCUCGGGGGCCUGCCUCCAUGGGGGGCAGCAUGAAUCCUGCCAGCAUGGCAGCUGGCAUGACUCCCUCGGGGAUGAGCGGCCCUCCCAUGGGCAUGAACCAGCCCCGGCCACCCGGCAUCAGCCCCUUUGGCACGCAUGGGCAGAGGGUGCCCCAGCAGACCUACCCCGGCCCCCGGCCCCAGUCCCUCCCUAUUCAGAGCAUGAAGAGGCCGUACCCGGGAGAGCCCAACUAUGGAAACCAGCAAUAUGGACCAAGCGGCCAGUUCCCCGCCCAGCCAGGCCAGUACCCCACCCCCAACCCUCCAAGGCCACUCACCUCUCCCAGCUAUCCCGGGCAGAGGAUGCCGAGCCAGCCCAGCACCGGGCAGUACCCGCCCCCCACGGUCAACAUGGGGCAGUAUUAUAAGCCAGAACAGUUUAAUGGACAAAACAACACCUUCUCGGGAAGCAACUACAGUAACUAUAACCAAGGGAGUGUCAACAGGCCUCCCAGGCCGGUUCCUGUGGCCAAUUACCCCCACUCGCCUGUUCCAGGAAACCCCACGCCUCCCAUGACCCCUGGGAGCAGCAUCCCCCCUUACCUGUCCCCUAGCCAAGAUGUCAAGCCACCCUUCCCACCUGACAUCAAGCCAAAUAUGAGCGCUCUGCCACCGCCCCCAGCCAACCACAACGACGAGCUGCGGCUCACGUUCCCCGUGCGGGAUGGUGUGGUGCUGGAACCCUUCCGCCUGGAGCACAACCUGGCCGUCAGCAACCACGUGUUCCACCUGCGGCCCACGGUCCAUCAGACGUUGAUGUGGAGAUCUGACCUGGAGUUACAGUUCAAGUGCUACCACCAUGAGGACCGGCAGAUGAACACCAACUGGCCCGCCUCGGUGCAGGUCAGCGUCAACGCCACGCCCCUCACCAUCGAGCGCGGCGACAACAAGACCUCCCACAAACCCCUGCACCUCAAGCACGUGUGUCAGCCCGGCCGCAACACCAUCCAGAUCACCGUCACCGCCUGCUGCUGCUCCCACCUCUUCGUGCUGCAGCUGGUGCACCGGCCGUCCGUGCGCUCCGUCCUGCAGGGCCUGCUCAAGAAGCGCCUGCUGCCCGCCGAGCAUUGCAUCACGAAAAUCAAGCGGAAUUUCAGCAGCGUGGCCGCUUCCUCGGGCAACACAACCCUCAACGGGGAGGACGGUGUCGAGCAGACAGCCAUCAAGGUGUCUCUGAAGUGCCCAAUCACAUUCCGGCGCAUCCAGCUGCCUGCUCGAGGCCACGAUUGCAAACACGUCCAGUGCUUUGACCUGGAGUCCUAUUUGCAGCUGAAUUGCGAGCGAGGAACCUGGAGGUGUCCUGUGUGCAAUAAAACUGCGCUGCUCGAGGGCCUGGAGGUGGAUCAGUACAUGUGGGGGAUCCUGAACGCCAUCCAACACUCCGAGUUCGAAGAGGUCACCAUCGACCCCACGUGCAGCUGGCGUCCAGUGCCUAUCAAGUCAGACCUCCACAUCAAGGAUGACCCCGACGGCAUCCCCUCCAAGCGCUUCAAGACCAUGAGCCCCAGCCAGAUGAUCAUGCCCAACGUCAUGGAGAUGAUCGCGGCCCUGGGCCCCGGCCCGUCUCCUUAUCCACUCCCGCCGCCCCCCGGGGGUACCAACUCCAAUGACUACAGCAGCCAAGGCAACAGCUAUCAGGGCCAUGGCAAUUUCGACUUCCCGCAUGGGAACCCUGGAGGGACGUCCAUGAACGACUUCAUGCACGGGCCCCCCCAGCUCUCCCACCCUCCGGACAUGCCUAACAACAUGGCCGCCCUCGAGAAGCCCCUCAGCCACUCCAUGCAGGAAACUAUGCCCCACGCUGGCAGUUCUGACCAGCCCCAUCCCUCCAUACAACAAGGUUUGCACGUACCACACCCCAGCAGCCAGGCAGGGCCUCCAUUACAUCACAGUGGGGCUCCUCCUCCUCCUUCCCAGCCUCCCCGGCAGCCGCCACAGGCCGCUCCCAGCAGCCAUCCACACAGCGACCUGACCUUUAACCCUUCCUCAGCCUUAGAGGGUCAGGCCGGAGCGCAGGGAGCAUCCGACAUGCCGGAGCCUUCACUGGAUCUCCUGCCAGAACUCACAAACCCUGACGAGCUCCUCUCCUACCUGGACCCCCCCCGACCUUCCAAGCAAUAGCAACGAUGACCUCCUAUCUCUCUUUGAGAACAACUGAAGGCCACCCUCCCUCGGGGCCCUCCCUCCCCUCUCUGCCUCCAACCCCAUCUGUCCCCACAUACUUUUUCUCCCAGGAGUCCGUGCUCAGACCUCCCUUCGCCCUGACCACAGGCUGGGGUCUGGGCAGGACACACUGGGACAGGAAGGCUGUGUGGGUCUGCCGCCUUGUCUGCCUGAAUGCCCGUAGACCCCUGGACUGGGGUCCACACCCAGAGCAGGCUUGAAGAUCCCCCCCUCCUCCCCGCCCCCGGGGAAGAAGACCUUGGUUGAGAGGAGCCUGGCCCACGGGCCCAGCGAGAGACACCCAGUGGCGGCCGUAGGGUCCCCUCUGUGAGCGCUGACUCCAGAUGACGUUUCAGUGCAGUGCCCCCAAAGUUCUUCCAUUUUGUUUCUGAACCAUAGCCCUGCCUCCCACCCAGAGCCUCCUUGAAGUGACUGGAGCCUGAGGGAAGUACCCCUCACCCACCCAGGGCCAGGGUGAGGGUCCAGCUUGGAGCAGUGGUGACGGCUGGCAGCAGUGAGAGAAGACUGCCCCCCUCCACCCACAGAAAAGCACAAACCUCUGGGGGAAAAAGAAAAAGAAAAAAAAGCAACCACCCCUCAGGGCCAAGGGUCGUGGCUUUGGCCUCUGGCCUCUAAGGCAAGAUGCCCUGAAAGCAACUCUGAGAAAAAGCAGAGAAGAGACGAGAUGCUGUCUGUGUCUGCCAGGGCCAGCCACUGGCCCGAGGACGGCCCGCGAGGCCUCGGAGAGACCUGGGCUCAGACCGGGGAGAGGGGGCAGGGAACACAUUGACAAGAGCGCCCUCCACUGCGGUGUGCCCUCAGCCGGGGCUCUGGGGAGAUGCCAGCCGCAGCCCCAACGGGAACAGCCAAGGCCUUGAGCGCCACGCCACAGCAACUCCUUGCUUUGUAAAACAGUGGAAAGCCCCGAAGUCACCUGGAAGAAAGGAACUGUUGCACUCGGGCAAGCAAGCAAGCAAGCCACUUCCCCUCCGCGGCCUCUCCCCCUCCUCCUCCGAGACUGUUCCAUGGGGCACCACUUCCCCCUGGGUCCUAGCCGGGUCCAGCCAGCAGUCGGGGUGCAUAGAGGAGAGGUUGGUGGUGGGGGCAGGGAGUCGCACAGGUGGUACGGGCACAUCCUCGUCUCUCCAGCUCUCAGUCCGGUCUGGCUGGUUCUGUGUUCAAGGCUGCCCCUGGCACCAGCCCAGGCAUUUCUUCCUACGUGCCCCAGGAUGCCCUGGCAGGCAGCCCCAGCCGGUGGUUCUGUUUUCCUGUCCUUCUACCGGUCAGAAGCCCGCCCCACACUCCUGCUCACCCAGCAAGAGCCGCCUCUGGCCUUUCACUCCAUCUGGCUUCGUGUCCCCUGUAGACUGGUCCUCUGCCUUCCUCAUCUGCUCUCUUCCAGGCUGGUCUGUGUCCCCUGAGCCAGUGGCCUGUGGCGAUACUACUGUUCAGUCACUUGGGUCCGCGUCUGUAGAUUCUCUGCUCCUUCCCCGCUGCUGCCACCCGUCCACUGUCAGUGUCCUUGGUCACCAUCGGUUGCCCAGCAUUCUUCUGUAGAUUGUACCAGAAAGGUGACACCCCCCCCCUCGCAUUCCCCCCGCCCCCAGCUGUGGACUUGCAGUCACCUUAACAAACGGCACAAGGUUUUCUGUAGGGAAGCGGCCACCGCCCCUUUUGUCCUGUCGUCAGAGGUUUUUUCAGAACAGCGUGUUGUUCGGUAUGCAAAUCAAUUAUUUUAAGAAUCGCUUUUGUAAAUAUCUUUGUGAAUAUUUUAGUAUCGUCUUUGAUAAUAUCCAACAUUUUCAUGACCUGGAUAUAGCCUUUGCUGGUGUGUUUUUAAAAUACCUUGACUCAACGACAAAAACCGAGUCCUUUUAUAAAAAAAAAAUACACAAAAAACAAAACAAAACACAACAAAGAAAAACAAAAAAAAAAAAAAAAGCGCAACCAGGGCUAUUUGUAUAAAGGAGGGACAAACAGAAUGGGUGUCUAUGCCGGGAGUGGAGAGACCAGGCAGCCCCCCCACCCGUCAGCUGGUGGGGACAAGACUUGGUCAGGUAGCACGUGGCUGUCCCUGCCCAGUUCCCGCAGCCUGGCACACUUCAGACUGACAGAUGCCUUCAGUAAAAGUUCCUGCUUCCUGCCGAGAUACUGUGCCCCAGAAAGGCCUGGGGUCCCUGCUGGUUCUUGUCACAAUGUGCCCAAGUUCCCUUCACAGAAUGACCCACAGGUUUUUCAUGCAGAGGGUCCAGAGCGCCCCGCCCCCCCGUAGCUCGGGUUCCAGACACGUCUCCUGCCAUCUAUGGGCUCCCUUCCAAGCAAGCACCCACCCGCUGGCGCGUUCACCGUAGAGCCUGACGCCCACGCUCUGGGAACGUUCCAGAGCUGAUCCACAGUGUGAGGGAGGUGCAGAGACAUUCGGGGCUGGAGCCGUCCCUAAGCAGUGGCAGGCCUGAGCUUGGGAAAGAUCCUUCCCCAACACUCUCAGACAACAACUUGGAGCCAUAAGUAACACUCAAUAAAAAAAAAAAAAAAAGACAAAAAAAGAAAAAGGCCUCUCAGCAAGUCACUUUCCCAUGACAAGGAUCCACCCACCCAUAGGCAGGUGUCUGCCAACUCAACAAGAUGGGCUGGGAACCAGUGGGCAGGUGGGAAGGGCCCCACACAGGCAAUCACUCCCAUCUUCUUGGUUUUGAAGCUUUAUAUAUGUCUCAUGUUCCCUGUAGCCAUUUUAUUUUUAAAGAAAUCCCUGAUACUUUCUCCCUAAUGGAAACCCUGACCCCUGCCACCUAGAGAGCUAGCUAUAGGUCUGCUCCCAAUGGGCCUCGGGCCUGACCCGUCCAGACAGGGCAGUGUAAGCUGCAGAGACUCAAGGGACGUGUGUACAUAUGUAAAUGAGAAACAGACAUGUCAACAUACAUUCAUUUCUCUUGGAAUGUGUAAUGUUUUUAUUUUAAUGAAACAAAACAACAAAAGCUUGGAACUCCUCCAUCUUAACGUGGAAAAACUAGACCCUGUUAGCGUUCGUGAGUCCACAUUUGUCUCGCUCAUGUAAUAUACUCUGACCCUGUGUGGAAAGGCAUUUCUGUUCUGUUUUCGUUUUUAUUUUACCUACAUGUACUAUUUAGCCUCCGUAUACUUAGUCCCGCCACCUGUGUAUUUUUAGGGUGCUAUGGAAACCAUGAAAAGAAACGGGGAUUUCAGAAGAAAAUUGUAACCAAAUUCAUACUUUGUAUAAUUUUUGAUAUCAUGAUCCCAGGUGAUUCACACGUACACACAUUAACACCCACACGUGCAGCCUGAAGUGACUCCCACGGAAACCGCCAUUGUCUCUGUACAUCGUAUGUACAAUGCAAUCAUUUCAUACUUUAAAAGUGGUCAGAAAACUAAUUGUGAUUUCUAGUCUUGCAAAGCUGUAUGUAGUUAGAUGAUGUGACCUCUAAUAUUUAUCUAAUAAAUAUGUAUUCAGAUGAAACCUGUA